UAAGGAGUAGCCGUAAUACAGCAAUGAAGUGUGGGAUUGCGGCAAAUUGAAUGUACGCGUAGGGAGGUAACCCUAUAAUGUAAAUAUCAUACUGUGGUAUAUUAUAAAGUCUAUAUUAUAAAGGAGUGAUAGUUGAACUUGUGGGGCAGACAAAGUGUGAAGAUGCCUCGCUUCGCGCAACUAGUUAUGGGUCCUGCUGGCAGUGGAAAGAGUACGUAUUGUUCCACCAUGAUCCAGCAUGCGGAGUCGAUCAAUCGCUCUAUUCAGGUCGUUAAUCUGGACCCUGCAGCUGAAUAUUUUAGUUAUCCCGUUAUGGCAGACAUCAGAGAGCUGAUCCAGGUAGAUGAUGUCAUGGAAGACGACUCUUUGAGAUUUGGUCCAAAUGGAGGACUAGUCUUCUGCAUGGAGUACUUUGCCACUAACUUUGAUUGGCUGGAAGAGAGCCUUGGCCAUGUAGAGGAUGACUACAUCCUCUUUGACUGCCCAGGACAAAUUGAGCUAUACACACAUCUCCCGGUCAUGAAGCAGCUAGUGGAACAGCUCCAGCAGUGGGAGUUUCGUGUUUGCGGUGUCUUCCUCGUUGACUCCCAGUUCAUGGUGGAGACUUUUAAGUUCAUCUCUGGUGUCAUGGCAGCUUUGAGUGCCAUGGUGUCUCUGGAAAUUCCUCAAGUCAACAUCAUGACAAAGAUGGACCUGCUAAGCCCAAAAGCUAAGAAAGAAAUAGAAAAAUACCUGGAUCCAGACAUGUACUCAAUGAUGGAGGAUAACUCUGUCAUGAUGAGAAGUCAGAAGUUCCACAAACUCACCAAAGCCAUUUGUGGGCUGAUUGAUGACUACAGUAUGGUGAGAUUUCUACCCUUUGACCGUACUGACGAGGAGGGCGUCAAUAUAGUUCUCCAGAACAUUGACUUCUCCAUUCAGUAUGGAGAGGACUUGGAGGUCAAGGAGCCCAGGGAAACCGAUGAAGAUCCUAUGAACACAAAUUAUGACGAACUCUUUCAAGAUUCCUGAUAAUAAUCCUCAAGAUGGCAUAUGUGGAGACAUGACUUAAUUAUUAUUUUUACAUUUUAAUUAGUUUUGUGUGUUUGUAUAUAUAUGUGUGCGUGUGUGAGACAUAGAGUGAAAGGGACAGAGUAAGCAAUGAGUGUGCAAUGCAUUCAUGGGAGUUAAAACAAGACAUUUCACAGUAAUAUGGGAAAGGCCUAGAAACAUAUUGCUUGUCUCUUGAUAUUUUUUCAAUAAAAUGUGUCACAUUUUGUGGUUAUUAUA